CUUCAUUGUUCGUACAAUUGAGCAGUUUGUUGCGAAGGUGGUCGUCAUGUCGGACGAGAUCCGUGUGACGGUAGUCCGCGCGGUGCACGUUGUGGGCAACGAUGGGUUUGGAUCCAACAAAACGUCCGAUCCGUUUGUAGAGCUGACGCUGCUCCGGUCCAACGAAGAUGUGAUCAAGACUCAAUCGUACAGGACUCGGGACGUGCCAAAGACUGUCAAUCCAUUGUGGAAUGAGUCGUUCGUCCUGGGCAAAGACAUGGACUUGCGGUCAGCGCAUUUCCUCUGUUUCACGCUCUACGACAAAAAUUUCUUGAAAAAUGUCGCCCUCGGCCGCGUCCUCGUCCCGAUGGACGACGUCCGUAGGUGCCUCAUCUCUGGCCGCGUUGAACGAUCCUUUCCCGUGACAAAGUUUGGCUCGGUGAAGCAUGCGACGGGCGAUUUGUUUGUGGUGUUUGAACCGGCGAGCACGACUGUAUCGCCUCCCACCGCCCCGAGUGCCAGCGACCACGCCAUUGCACCCCUCGCCGCUCCGACUGGACCUCCCAACCUUCUCCAUGUGAAAGUCGAGAGUGCAACAGGUUUGCCAGCGAUGGAUUCUGGCGGGACAAGCGACCCGCUCGUAAUCGUGUCGUGCAACAAGACCAAGCUCAACACGACCACGAAAUACAAGACCCUGAGCUGCAUGUGGAACGAGAGCUUCAAGCUUCCCGUGGACGACCCAAACCAGUUCGUCCAGUUUGUCGUCGAGGACUUUGACACUGCAUUCAACGACUUCAUGGGCCAGGCCAAGGUGCCACUCGAAACGCUCCAGGACGGCACGCCGCAGACGGUAACGUUGGAACUCUUGGACAAGAAGUUUCGCAAGAAGGAAGGCCUGGGUACCCUCACAGUCACGCUGCAUUGGACGUACACGGACAACGUGUCGGCUGUCGUCGCAUCCAACAAGGCAAAGCGCGUGAAUGUGUUCAACAAGAUCACCAACGCCAUCACGGGCGUCCCCGAUGCGGGCGACGAAGACGAAGAAGGAAUUGAUGCUGACGCGUUCGAGAACAAACCAGAGCAAGUCAAGUCCCCGGACGAGGUCAAGAAGGAGCAAGAAGAAAGAGAUAAGGCCCGCGACGAAGAGCGCAAGGUCCUUGAGGACAUUCACAUCAAAUCUGGCGACUACGCUGUGCAAGUGCACAUCAUUGAAGCCCGGGACUUGGUUCCGAAAGACGCGACGGGGACGUCGGAUCCGGUCGUGUACGUCGAAGUUAUGGAGCAAAAGCAAAACACCUCGACCAAGUCCAAGUCGUUGAGCGCCGUGUGGGACGAAGUGUUGAUCUUCACCUUUCGUAACGUGGACAAAGACAAGGUCGAAAUGGGCGCGAUCAAAAUCACCGUCAUGGACGCCAACACGUUGCAGCGCGCCGAGCUCAUUGGCGAAACGUCGUUUGACGUGUCGUUCAUCUAUGCGAAAAUGAACCACCAAAUCUGCACGACGUGGGUCGGGCUGCUUGCCCCUGGCAUCGACGGCAUUCAAGGCUACGUUCGCCUAUCGAUCACUGUCGUAGGGCCGGGCGACAAGUUUGUCGCACCUCCCCCGCUUGGUCCGAAAGAUUCUCGCUUGGAGAAUGUCAUCAUGCCGUCCAGCAUCAAGCAAGAAGUGUCGUUCUUGGUUGUGUCUGUCCAUGUGGGGGAGGAGCUGCCCGCGAUGGACAGCGUCACCGUACUUGGCCAAAAACUCAAGCAAGGAAUUGACGCAUACGUUGAAGCGUCUCUGGCCGGCAACAAGUCUAUUCGCACUCGCGUCAAGACGAAGAAAGGCGAGCGCAACCAAUUGUGUCCUGCGUUCAACGACGAGCUGUGGAUUGUCCUGCGCGAGCCGAGUUUGGCCAACAAGGUCACACUCGCCGUCAAGGACUGGGAUCGCAUUGGCAGCGACGAAGUUGUCGCUCACUCGUACCAGUCGCUGCGGCUCAUCCGAAAAAUGUGCGCCGCGUCAGCGUCGGGCACGUAUGGUCCAAUGUGGAUCAAUUUGUACGGGGCCCCGCUCAACUUUACGUCGAGCGUCAUCCCUGGCGAAAACACAGCCAAGUCCGAAAUGAACACGUUUCCCGACCUGGGGUCGUACUACCGUGGUCGCAUCCUUGUCACGUUCGACAUUCGACCCAACGAUCGGUCGCUGGAGGAAGUAAACCAGCGAGUCAAGGCCACACCAUUGCCGAAGCAAUUGUACCCGCCGACUGCCGCGUACCGUUUGCGUGCGUUUGUGGGGACCGGCACGGACAUUCCUCAAAUGGCGUCCCUGUCCGGCGCUGGCACGCGAAACUCCAAGAUGCAAAUCCUAAUCACGUGCGGGUUGAACGAGCUCGAGUUCGAGCGCCGGGACAACAACAAGGGGCUGGUCGUGUGGAACCAGUUGGUCGAGUCGGAUCUGUUGAUCUUGCCAGCCGAUGUGACGCAAAUACCUGACAUUUUCGUGUACUUGUGCAAGGGCAAAGCGGAUGGAAAGCUGCAGGGUCGCAAACAAAUCUCGUAUCGCCGAUUCAAGGCCAAGGAUUUGCUGGAAGAGGGAAUGGGCAAGGAUCCAGCGUGGGUGGCGCUCAAAGAAGACCCAAGUGUGGACGCGUUGGGUGACGACGUGUUCCCGGGCAAUAUCUUGCUGAACCUUGGUUUCGGCACGGACACCACCGCGGCGAGUACACAAUCCAAGUGGAAGGAAGUCGCGAACGUUGAGCGCUUAUCCCAGCGAUUCAAGUACCAAGUUCGCGUCAACGUGUUUCAGGGCCGUAAUUUGCCGGCAAUGGACGACAACGGUCUCGCCGACCCGUACGUGACGGUGCGCUUCAAUGGCGAAAAACACAAGCUGUCCGUGAAAAAGAAGACGGUCAACCCAUUGUGGUACGAGACAGUCACGUUCGACGUCGACUUGCCCCCGGAGGACAUGCUGCACUACUCCCCCCAGGUUAUCCUUCGAGUGAUGGACUGGGACGCUGGUAUCGGUAGUUCGUCCGACGACUACAUUGGGUCAUCCUUUGUCCCGAUUACGUCGUCGGACGUCCGCGCGAUCGAUGAUACCCGACCGGACCCAGAGCCCAAGUGGUAUCCUCUGGUGCAGCAAGAAGCAGGCGACACCGAUGGCCACAUUCUUGCGUCCGUUGUCGUUGUCAAGGUGGACCAGCCCGACACUGUGCUUCCUCCGCCACGGUCAAUUGUCCCGAAAACGCGCAUUGCGUAUUUGGAGAUCAUCGUGCUGGGUCUUCGCGAUUUGAAACCGUACCAGUUUUUGCCGAUUCAAAUGCCGUUUAUCGAAUUCAACUUGGGGAGCUCGGAGCAUGCCAACCAAGAAAUGAAAACGGAAAAGUCCAAGCGACCGUCCGGCGCGAACCCCAACUUUCUCCAACGGAUUGUCCGCGAAGUCGAGUUACCCGAGGAUUCGCUCUUUGCGCCCAUGUUGAACAUUCUAGUCAAAGACACGCGGUUGGGCGGCUGGUACACCCCUCUAAUCGGCAACGCGUGCAUCAACAUGUCGACCAAGCUUCCCUGGGGCAACGGCUACAUCCCACCGCAGUCACUCGACCUCGCCAAUAUUCAAGAAAAGGUUGCAGAAGAAGAGGAUGAGGAUAUCACCGAAGCAGCAACACUCCUUCCACGCGCAUCCGUAAAGUCCAAAGACAUUGGCGCGGGCGUGUUUGGAGCGUUGGAGCUCAUGAACGUCCAAGUGGACCUCAACAACCCGUCCCUGUGGACAGAAGUUGGCAUGCGGUCAACGCAACUCACAACGCAAGCGUCUCUCGACAGCAACGCCGAGGACGGUGGAGCCGACGAGUACGAGACAAAGCGCAAGAAGUACAUGAAAAACCGCGACGAUCUGUCGGAAGAGCUCGAAGCCAACGUUUUGAAAACUAAACCCUUCGAAACGUACCAACUGACGUCGGGGCAGAAGAAGAAGAAGAAAUCGUUGCUGACUCUACUCAAGUUUGGCUCCAAAGCGCCGAAGAUAGCUGAAUCCAAUGGCAGCUUUCAUGUGGCCGGGAUCUUUAAAGGCCUGGUUCGUGUGAUGCUCAAAGAGAGCGACCCACCCCUCGUCAACCUGACCAAACUGCUCCACCCACAGCCGUAUAUUGUUCGAGUCUACAUUUUGAACGGCGAGGGGUUCCAGCCAAUGGACCCGGGCUUUGAUGGCAAGCCUGGCAAGUCAGACCCGUACCUGGUUCUCCAACUCGGCAAGACGACGAUCAAUGACCGGAAAAACUACAUUGACGACGUGGUCGAUCCAGAUUUUUACAAACUUUUUGAAAUCAACUGCGACUUUCCCGGCGCGUCCACGUUGCACUUGAAAGCGUACGACUUUGACUUGAUCGGUGGCGACGACCUCAUCGGGUCGACCGACAUCGAUCUGGAAGACCGAUUCUUCGACAAGAAUUGGCAAGUGCUCGGUGAGAACUACAAGUCAAGUGAGCGGUGGGGUCCAAAACCUGUCGAACAACGCACCCUCUACGUACCUACGUCGCGGGCGCCCAUGGGCCAUUUGAAGAUGUGGAUUGAUAUCUUGUCGCCCAAGGACGGAGCGGUAUAUCCCCCCGUGGACAUUGCUCUGCCCCCGCCCGUCCAAUUUGAACUUCGUGUGGUCAUCUGGAAAACCAAGGAAGUGCCGAGUUUUGACGAGCUGACCGACAUGAAUGACUUGUUUGUUCGCUGUCAGUUGGAAGGGUCGGACUACCAAGACACGGACAUCCAUUGGCGCGCCAAGAAGGGCAAAGCGAGCUUCAACUGGCGCAUGAAGUUUCCCGUCAUGCUUGGCCACAAGCAGCACAACUCCAAGUUUCCCUACUUCAAGAUGCAGUUGUGGGACAAGGACAUCUUUUCCUCGAACGACUGCAUCGCCGAAGGCAUCUUGGACAUGUCGGCGCACUUUAAGAAGGUGUGCCAACUCAAAGCACCGCUUCAAGUGUUCCAAGACACGAAACCCAAGGAAACGGCCAAGGAAACGACGGCGCAACAGCGCGACAACGACGCAAUUCGGUCGAUCAAAGAGGCAACCGGGCUGUGGGACACGGACCCCACCGACUCGACGUGGAUCAAGAUGGAACGACUGAACCGCGAGACGAACGUGAAGGAACCGAUGGGUGCGGUGUGCAUCAGCAUGGAACUCGUCCCGAUCGACAAGGCGAAGAUUCAAACGGUCGGGUUCGGUCGAAGUGAUCCGAACAACGGUCCGUUCUUACCGCCCCCUGCUGGCCGCCUCAAGUUUAGCAUGAAUCCGUUCUACGUGUUCAACGAGCUGCUCGGACCGAAAAUCUGCCGCAAGUUUAUGUGCUGUCUGUGCAUCGUCAUCGUCAUGGCGGCCAUGUACUUCCUCGGCCCGUUCAUGAACUUGAUCAUUGUCCUCCUCAAGUAGCUACAUAGAAUCGAAUGCAUGUUUAAUGAUUCAUCGGUUUCUCCAUGCUCUAUUCGUGCGGCGGCAGUCACUCGACGAGCGGAAUGCAGUGCGCGAGGUGCUUGGGCACGUUGUGGUUCCGAAGCAUGUUGUCCUCGUCGAGCUUGCACGUUCGCCAUGUCUUGAUGUCCAAAAUGUACGUCGAUUUGAUCCACGGAAACACGAGGACGCCAUUGAGGGCGGCCGACGCCGGGUCCAUAAAGUACACGCCGCGGUGCUGCCACAGAUCUUUGGCAAACUCGAAGUCCGCAGCCGAAUGGAGCAAGCACGACUCGGUUUUGUGCAGUUUGGCCAAGUGCGGCUGGCGGAUUCGCUGCACGACAAAGCACACGGCACAGCACCCAAACGCGAGCAAAACAAGACCAAGCACACGGUGCAGGCUCCCGAUCCCAAUCAAGCCGCUCAUGCACAACACGUCAAAGUCAACCGACGUUACGACGCACACCCGAUCCACGACCACCACUUCCUGGAUGGGGGAAAUGAAACUCCACAGGAGCGUGCCAAGCACAGACAGGACGCAGCUCGCGGUCGAGUACGUAGGCGUAUACUGCUGCGUCACAAUCGAAAACGUGUCGUUGACGGCGUAGACAAGCCACGUGAUCUCGCCCGACGAAAUGGCCGUCGACAACCAUGUCUGCGGCUCUUGCAUGAUUUGGGACACGAGGCCAUUGGGCGACGUGGACAGCACGAGAUUGGUUGUUGCGAGCAACGAGAUGGCGGCGACGCUGCGCAGAAUCAUCAUCGGACGGCCCAGCCAAACGAGGCCCGCGAUGCGGUUGAACUGAAUCAUGUUGGUUCCUUCCACAAGCCCAUGACUGGACAAGAUGUAGACGGUCACGACGCAUGCAAUGCCCAGCAGGACCGUCGUGAAGUAUUGGAGCAACGCCCGGCCGUACGUGGAAACGUUGACAUGGAUUUCCAUCGAGUUGACAGUGUGUUGGCCGAGAGAUGCCUCUGCGGACAGCGUGACCAGCCCACCAACGUCCCCUUCAAACGCGACAACCUCCCGCGUGCCUUCAACCCAUUCAAACAAGUACAACCACGAAAAGAACUCCAAGUCGGUCUCGCCACCGUCAAACAAGUUUACUUGCGACAGCUCCAAUCGAUCCAACGCACUCGGACGAGCAAUGUAUUGCACGAGCUGAAUUUGAAUGUCGUCGCGAAUUGCCGUUUUGACGCGCUGCGCCAUGUCCACAAGGACGUGAAGCAACGAUCGCGACAAGUACAUUUCCAACACGACAAUGUUGCGAAGCACCAUCGACUUGCACACCGAGCUGUCGUACGUGUCUCGCUGCCAGAUAGGCGGCAUUGUUGGCAAAAAGAGCAACCCCGCCGCGACCAACGCAUGCAUCACCAUGGGCGACGUCACAUGCAGCUUGUCUACGAGGUAGAUCCCGCACGACCCCUGGUAGCUGAAAAACUGCAGAGGUUGGUUGUACGAACCAACAUUGCGUCCGCAAAGCAGAUCGCCUCCCCACAAGGCCGCACCGUCCCACGCUGUCGGCUGAGGCGACAACGUGUAGAUCGCAUUCAUCUCGUCGUCGUGCUCCAUCACUUGGGACCGCAACACUAGCAUGACAGACUCGGAAAUGUUGCGGUACACUUGGCGUAAUGCCCGAGGCGGACUAACACGCUUCGUGUCCACCGACCCGAACGGGCCGAUCGUGGUUUGGAAUAACAUGAAUGCUUGAUCCCACCGCAGGCUGUCGUCCAGGAUGCCAUGGUGGAUGAGAACCGCGUCGGGCGUGUUGUUUGAAAACGCAAAAGAUGGACUUGUGCGGACGAGGGAUCGCCCCGCCAUUGGAGACGUUGUGUUGGGGGUAACCACGGCGAUCAAGUCAUUCGCCAACAUCCAAUGGAGCUUGAACGACGAUUGGACUGCAAGUUGCAACGAGCUUGUCGAUCGCUUCAGGGUCCACUGAUGGAUGCGGCCGAGAGCGUUGUUGGUCAAGAUGGACUCCACGACUCCAAGGCGUUUGUAGUUUUGCCAUUGCGUCGUAAACGUCGAGAUAUGUUGAGCUGUCCAGAACAGCGCUUCGUCCUCGGCGGGCAAAGCAUUCGCUUGGACGGCUGCAAUCCACGCAAGUCCCGUGGUGGAGGUGUUGAUGGUUGAGAAGAUGCCAACGUCGAGAGCAUCGCCCCAGCAUACCGACAAACGCGACCACUCGGCAUUGCGCAGCACUGCUUCCAAGUAGACUGCGCCAUUGCCGCGAUGUCGUUGGUUGCACCGUUGUUGCCGUGUUGGUGUGUUGGCCAUCUCCCAUGUCCGGUUGAAAUCGACAAAGCAAUACGCAGUCGCGAUCCACGGCACGAGACACCCAUCCAUGCGACGCAGCCCUUGAAUCACGUUGACAAGUGAGUUGACUUCGUCUUGAAUGGAUGCCGCGUAGAGCUGCGACGACAGGACAGUCGUGUUUGGGAUGGCCCCGAUGACGAGUCCGUGCGUCCCGGCGUCAAUCACAACGUCGUCAAGGUGGCGCGAGAGCUGGAGGUAGAAAUUGAACCAGUUGCACAUGUAUGCGUGGGUAGCGGGGGUAAAGUGGCCCCACAAGUUGUCGUUGUGCAUGGACGUGUCGGACAACUUGAGGAAUAUGAAGCUGGACGCUACGGAGAGGAUCAUGAUGAGGAGGCCGAGCCCCCCCCGGGUGCGAAUCGUGGGCAGGCGCGCCGUUUGUGCAACGAGAUUCGCCAUGGACAAGUGCACUUGCUGGAACGACGACUGGACUUGGACAAACGCUGUCUCUUGGUGGACCGACCACGACGUGAUGUCAAACAGCACCUUUCGAAUUGGCAAAAUCCCAGACAUCGCACACGCCACCGCGUCGAGUUGACGGUUGUGUUGGGCAAAGUAUGCAUCGGAUGACGCAUGCAACAGCAUGAGCUCGUGUUUAUCGUGAUUGCGAGGCGCGGACGAUGGAAACACGGCGAUGAAGCAUCGCACGACGGUAUACGAACCGACGACACUGGCCACCGCCAGCCAAAACAUCAGCGACGACGUGGCCAAGCUACCGACGUGAAUUGCACCAUUCGAGCACUCGACACCGUGCUUGAACGAUACGAUCGUGCAGUUCCGGUGGAUCAUGGCUUGCGCGUCGUACGGGUCCAGCAUCGACAGGACAAACACGAUCGUCCAAGAGACUGCGACGCUGACAGGCGCAUACAGAUGGGAAUACCGCUGGGUCAGCGGCAGGAGGCCAUCGUUGAGCGCGUACGUGAUCCAACAGGCUUCACUGGCCAAGAAAAAGUUCUGCCACCAUGGACGGUGACGCAAGACGAGGCGGGACACUCCUCGAUCCACAACAAACGCCAUCGAGCACGUGUUGAGAAUCGUCAAAGCAGUGAACCCUCGGGUCAUGAGGAGGGGGCGGCCUAUCCACACGCCACCAAUGAUUCGAUUCACUUGAAAGAGGUUGAGUCCUUCGACUUGAAAGCACGUCUUGGCACCGUACAAAACGAGCACAAGGCCAACGCACCCAAGCACGGCACUCACGUAAACUGUACCAUACCAGACGUACUUGGACGCUUGCGCUUGCAACUCCAGUGGGUUGGCAGCCAUCUCGAGGUAGCCGUGAGGCCGAGACAUGAGUGUCACCAACCCGUUAUCCCCGGCAAAUGUGUACACCUCGCGCAGUCCAUUCACCCAGUCGUACAUGGCAACCCACCCGAAGAACGUCCACGUCAAGUCUGGCGGGUUUUGCACCAUGGUUUGUGUUAGAACAGCAUCACGGUCCCUUGUUCUGGCAAACUGGAUGAACUUAAUCCCCACGAGUUGCGUUGCUGCUUGAUCAAACGACGCAGCUAAGUCAAGUGGUGCGUCGACGGAGUUUGAGGCGGCAAGAAUGCUGUGCAAGUAUUGCACACAUGCCACAGACGCUGAAAUGCAGGACGAGCACGUUGUCUGUACCAGCGACAGCGCGCGAUAUUUGUCAAGUGCCAGCAAGGCAAAGAGGGAGCUUUGGGGAGUUACUGGCAUCACGUGGGGCCCCUGGAGGUCGCACUCAUCGUAGUACCCGAACGGCGCUUGAACGAAUGGCUUGGGCUUGUCAAAUGGGCACAUUGGGUUUCCGCCAUAGAAGGUAGUUCCGUUUACCAGCCACGACGGCGGGGCUGGGUCCAGGGUGGUGGAGGCAUGCCGUAUCAAGUUGAAUUGGGCCGAUGACCACACCGUUUCACGAAACCCGCGCACGAUGCCAAGUAGCAUUUGUGGAAUCGGCACGAGCGUGAUGUCGAUCGCGACAAGUGGUCCUAGAUACGACCGAAUCAGUUGGCUUCCCACCGUCAUGUUGGGCCCAUUGUAGUAAACGUCCCAGUCGUAACCCAUGGCUUCAAACGAGUUGGACAGGCCACGAAUCAAGGUCGUGUUGGUCAGCAUGCACGUGUUCAGGUCAUUCUCGAGGCCGCACGAGGCAAACUGGGUCGACCACGAACCGAGUGCGCGGGGUGUCGCCGGAAUCUCACUCACUGUGAAUACUUGGGCAAUGCCUAGUCCAUUCACAAUCGAAAUCGUUUCCAACGUGCCUUCAAGAAACCGAUUCUGAAGGUGUUGCUGCCACCUGGAUAUCCCAUGCUUCUGCCACAACGUUGCUUCGUCUGGUGCAUCCAGCCACGGCAAUUGAAGCGAUGUGAACCACGAAAUUGCCCACGACUCGUUGAGCUGGUGCACGGACUCGAACACGGUCAUUUGUAGGGCAUUGAAGUAAGCUGAGCUCAUCCAGUCGCUGGUCCUGGUGUUGCGAAGCAGUGACUCCAAGUACACCCCACCGUUCCAUUUCAUGCGUCGGUGGCAUCGCUCUUGACGGCCACUUGUGUGGGCCAUGUCAAACCGUCGUCCAAAGUCGAGCCAGCAUGGUAGAGGCACAACGACGAUGUUGUCGCUGAAGGAGCUUCGCCGAAGUGUCGAGAUGGCAAUGUCGAGGGACAGGUUUUGGAGCAAAAUGCGGCGGCAAGACGACUGGCUUAGCAGUAGCUUGGUCGUGGGGGCGGAGUAGUCUCUCGACAGGGCCGCGUUGUCGUCAAAGAGGGAAAACUGACCAUGGUCAUCAGUGGUCAAUUUGAUCAAGUACAGUUCUCCCAGGAAGGUGUGGAGCCCAGUACUGUUAAAGUGCGGCCACCACAGAUCGUUUUCUGUGAAUGGCGCCAUGAAGCCCAGCGAUACCCAACUGCUCAUGAUCGUACAGACCAGAUAUAAGUAGCCCAACCAAGUCGUAGCUUUUGCUAACGCCGGGUGCGGGUUCAUUUCUGGAGGCAUCUCGAUGGUUGGCCGCCGUGAUGUGAUGACGGAGCAGCCCACGCAACUCGAUUUCCCUGUCGUCCUUGGUCGUUCAGUACGCGGCGAUACCACGUAUAGAUGUGACGUCGACGCGGAACGUUUCCCCACAACCGCUGGAUCUACCGUUUGCGCGAUCUUGGGCAUCGCAGCUGAAUUUACUGUCGGCGCGAUCUUGGCCAUCGCAGCUCCAGUGUUUGGUUGAUCGUG